GUUCUUAUUUUAUUGAUUGAUACCGUUUAGAAUUUAACCUGUUAUAAAAACAAUCAAACAUAGUAGAAUGUAUCUGUUGUUGAAAGAAAGAAGCUAUCGAGAUGACAACAUAAAGAAGCAAUCCAAAUUCCGGAACUACGGUUACAAGCCGGUUCAUGACAGAGGGUCAAAACGCGGAGUGGCUUGUGACUUGCCUUCAAGCUUGGCAAGUCGGGUCGUCUUCGGUCUCAAAGCCCGUUCGUCUGGACAUUGUUGUUAAUGCCGCCACCUACUGCCAAAAACGCUGCAACUGAAGAGAAAGGCAAGGCCAUAGCGAACAAAGAUCUCAGUUGUUUGCGAUGUCGAAAAAAGAAAGCAAAAUGCUCAAAGACACGACCAACGUGUGCACGGUGUGCAAGAUCUAACCAAGAAUGUGUGUACCCAGACGCUCCACCCAAUUUGACCGACUUAUCCCAGACGGUGUUGUCAUUGUACGAUACCCUGAGACACCUGGAAGGCGAAAUGCUCAACCAAUAUAUGGAAGAGAGAGAAAAUAACGUCAAGAAAGAAGCAGAAGACGACGAUGGCAAUAAUUUGACAUUGAUCAGUACUGGCAACAGGAACGUUGGGCCGGCAGAAAUAAUUUUGUCAAAUACCGGAAUGGACGAUGAAACAAUGGAUGACGAACAAGUAUUCGAGGAGAAGUCAGCUUCCUCGUGGUCUUUGUCUUUCACGCAUUUGGGACUAUCGCUGCAAGCCGCAGUGCAUAAUGUGUUGGAGCUCGAAAACUUUUUAAAAGACAUCUCAGGCGGUAUAUUUAGGGGGUUCGACGCUGCCAGUGCAGACAAUUCCGAUCACGAUUCUUAUUCUGAUGAUGAAGAAUUAGACGCAACUUACCAUUCAACCUAUUUCAUGAACAUACUGAUUGGAAGCGCCGUAUAGCGCAAAAAUAUCCUCCUCAUGUGGUUCUUUUAGUAGAGGCCUUAGAAUCCUUUAUCGUCAAGGACACCCAUGAAAAAUCGGACAAUGGUGCUUCUGACAGCACCACCUCUGAAUUUGUCUAUUUGGCAGCCGCUACCAUUAUCUUCGCAAGUAAUGACGAAGGAAAAAAUCCGGCAGAUGAAAGAGCCUUAGCCGAACAGUAUUGCGUCAGUG